AAUUUCUCUAUCUCUAAACAGUUUGGUGUUGUGGCUUCAGGAAAACCCUUGACCUACGAAUACAUGGCGAAACCAUGGAAAUCGAAGAACUCAUCGGAGGAAGCUCCGUGCAAUGCCUCAAAUGUUUCGGAGGAAGAUAAGGAGAAGAUCGAGGCUGUCGUCAAAUACAAGUCUCCUUCGACUGUAAACAGCGCAGGCCAUCGGCAAGAGCAAGAGCAGGAUCAUGAAAACGAAGAGGAAUUGGAUGUUGAAGGAUGUUAAUUCUGUCUCGCUUCAAAGCCACUCAACUCUUCCACCAUUCACCUUCCUUGAUGGUGUUGGAGAAGAAUCUACACGUAUGUUUGUAAACUCUUGCAACGGCUUGCUGUUGUGCUCGAAGAUUUACAUACAGCGUUACAUUGUUUGUAAUCCGACCACCCAAAAAUACACUGCAUUACCUGAACGUGUUGGCACAUCAUUUAGAUUAUUCUAUGACAAGUUUGGUGCUUACUUGGCUUUUGACCCUUCAAAAUCACCUCACUACAAAGUUGUAUUGGUUGAUUAUGGUCUUGAUUAUGCCGGAUGCUCUGGAAGAUCUUAUCUAAUUGAUAUCUACUCUUCAGAAAGUGCCUCUUGGAAACAUGUGUGUCAGUGCACCACCAGGUGGCACCUUCAAACGCAGGGUCUUUUGGAAUGGAGCAAUUCAUUGGAUGAAUUCCAUGAACCUCCACAUUCGAUUUGAUGUUGAUGGAGAGAAUUUGACAGGAACUCCAAUGCCUCCAUACCCUAAAAUUCUUUCAGAAGAUAAAAUUCUAUAUUUUGGAGAAUGUCAUGGCCAUUUGUUUCUAAUUCAGAAUCGUCAGUCAUUUCCUGUGGGAUUCAGGAUUCUUGAGAUGAACAGGGACUACUGCUGCUGGAAUGUGAUGUACCGGGUUAAUUUGAGACCUAUAAUAGAUGUCUUCCCGUCGAAAAUUUACCCAAAAUUUAAUGUGCUUUGUGUUGCGAAGGGUGCAAAUGAAGAAGAUAUUGCACUGGUGUUAGCUAUUCCUGGCAAAGUUAUUUCUUAUAAUCCCAAGUCCAAGACAUUGAAGGUGGUUAGUAAGUCUGUAGAUUGGGAAACAACUUGGUAUGAUACGUAUCAAUUCAUUGAAAGCCUCUCACCUGUUUGAUCAAUGGCCCACCUGUUUGAGCAAGCCUAUUAAAAUCAUUUUGCAUUAAGUAGCUUCUUAGUGUUAAAAAACAGUAUUUUGUUGUCACAAAUUGCAGUAGGGUGCUUGUUUUAAAGGCUUAUGUUGCUGUAAUUUGUUUCUUCAACAGAUGGUUAUGUCCCUCAGUGAACUCUUCUAAAUUUCUCUCUGCUUAGUAUUAUCAGUAGUUAGCUUCUUUUUGCUGGUUAGAUUCUGUUUUAAGCUCGCUUUCAUUGGUCGAUUUUAAGGCUGACAUAGAAUUGUUGUGUAUAUAGUUCAUCCAUAGAUCCUCUCUGUAAUAAUUACUUUUGUUGCUUUAUA